AUGACAGUUGCAACUUCAACCUCAUCCACUCAGAAGGCUCUCGAUAUCUUUUGGGAUACUAAACUCUCAUCUGAAGAAGCAAUCCCCCGACCACCCAAUGUUCUUCCUAAACAUGUAUACGAACGUCUGCUCGGUGAAAAUAAACCAAGCAGUAUAGUCUCUGGAUGUAGUGUCAAUGUCUCAUACGAUUUAGCUGUCAAACAAUGCGAAGCCAAGGUUGCUGCCAUCGUAGCAGAAUGCCAACGGAAUAACACCAAAUACAGUGACAACGAAUUCAACCUCGAUGAUAUGGAGUAUUGCCUCAGAUCUCUCACACUUACAGAACAAGACACAAUGAGUGAAGGAGAACAUACAAGAUUAAGAUCUUCGAAGAAACCCAUGGCUGCGAGGACAGUCAUUACACGAGCAGAAACCUUCAAUCUUACCGCGCCUCAAGUGCGAGAGCCAGCUUGUGCAAAGAGAAUAAGUGCGAUCUUCGAUGCCCCAAAAUUCUUCACUGGUCAUGAAGCCCAUGUACAAGAUAUACGACAAGGAUCAGAAGGAGAUUGUUGGUUCAUAUCGUCUCUUGCAUGUCUAACUGUAGACGAAGCAUUUCCGCGACUCAUCAACAAACUUUGCCCGGAAAAAGCACGAAACGAAGAAAUUGGAGUGUAUGGAUUUGUGUUCUAUCGUGAUGGAGAAUGGGUGUCAGAAAUCGUCGAUGAUAAGCUUUACCUUACAAAUCCCGAUUACGAUGAUUGCAAUGAUGAUAGAAGAUUGGUGUGGGAUCGUUCUCAUGGAAGAAUUGACCCGGAAGCUUCUCGUGAGGACUAUAAGAAGACUUUCCAAACCGGCUCGGAUGCAUUAUUUUUUGGUUCUUGUGCUGAUCCAAACGAAACCUGGGUGCCACUUAUUGAGAAGGCAUUUGCCAAAAUUCAUGGCGAUUAUGAAUCAAUCAGUGGGGGCUGGCCUGGUGAGGGUGUCGAGGAUCUUACCGGUGGUAUUGCUGCCCAGUUUCUUACCGCUAACAUACUUAAUAAAGAUUCAUUCUGGACUGAAGGUCUUUUGAAAGUCGGCAAAGAUUUUAUAUUCAAUACUGGUACAAGGGAUUACGACCACCCUGAUCCAUAUCAACUAGGAAGGCAAGGUAUCGAAGAUGAUCAUGCUUACUCUGUUCUUAGAGCAGUUGAGUACCAAGGAAAUCGUCUUUGCCUCGUGAAGAAUCCCUGGGGUGAGACUGAAUGGAAUGGCCCGUGGUCGGAUGGGUCUAAAGAAUGGACCCCAGAAGCACUUCAUGCUCUUAAUCAUAAGUUUGGCAAUGAAGGUAUCUUCUGGAUGCCUUAUGAAGAUUUUCUCGAUCGAUAUGAUGAGAUCUGGAGGACGAGAAUAUUCCAUUGUGAUUGGUUCAAUUGGCAUGUUGCCCAACAUUGGACUACUGUUAACGUAUCUUGGUCGGAUGAUUACAAUGAAAUUUCAUUUCACUUUACAAUUCCAGUCCCAACCACAACAGUGAUAGUUCUCUCACAACUUGACACUCGUUACUUCGGUGGUCUUACGGGUCAAUAUACUUACUACCUCUCUUUUCAGCUCCAUAAACCAGGCCAGAAAUGUCAGAUUGCUCGCGGCUACUCUAGUGGUGAUCGUUCCGCUGCCACUGAAGUGUUCCUCGAAGCGGGUACUUACGAAGUUUAUCUUAAAAUAACCGGGUAUCGUGAUGAUACACUUCCGCGGGUUGAAGAUAUUGUCAAAGAUAAUUGGCUUGCUAGAAGGGAUAAACUAAUCCAAAUUGGUUUAAAGCAUGAUAUGGCCUAUGCUAAAGGUGUGAUUAUGAAUGACUUUCCGAAGAAGAAUAAGAGAAUAUCUCUCGCUACGCCAAUUACUCUUACCACGCCUUCAGUACUUACACCACCUCCAACUUCGCUCCCAGCGCCCGCUCUUCCCUCUCUCAAUGACGAAGCAGAUAUGGCCAAAGAUGCUUGGAAUGCAUCAUGCGUUGUAGGCCUCAAGAUCUACACACAUGAGACGAUAGCAUCGAUUGGCAUAGGAAAAGCAGCGGAUGCAGUCAAGGUUGGUAUUAGUCCAGAUUUGACAGAGACGGAACAGGGUAUUCGUAAGCUUUUCUCUACACUUGACAUUAAAUUUUCAAGUAACUUACGAAAGGUCAAGAUCAAGACGAAAAAGAAAACUUUUCGGAUUAAGUGGAACUUCAAGAACAAGAGGUGGAAGGAGGAGAUACCGUUGAGUAAUGGAAGAAAAGAAUUGUGGAAUGGAAAGGUAGACGCAAAAAGGCAGACGAAGAAAGAAAAAAGAAGGGAGAAAAAGGGGAGAGUCAAAAGAGAGUCGAGGAGGCAAAUUGAUUGA